CCCGGGCCCCCCAUUUGGCCCCCCGAAGCCCGCCCGCAGCCAUGGGCAACGAGGCGAGCCUGGAGGGGGGCGUUGGCGACGGGCCGCUGCCGCCUGGAGCCUCGGGCCCCGGGCCGGGCCUCGGCGCUGGGAAACCGCCUUCAGCACCAGCCGGCGCUGGACAGCUCCCCGCGCCGGGCGCUGCGCCGGGCACCGCGGGACCCCCCGGCGCGGGUUCGAGUCCCGGCUUGGGCAGCAUUCCGAGGAGACUGGAUCCCAAAGAGCCCCUGGGUAGCCAGAGAGCGGCUUCCCCAGCACCGAAGUCAGCCUCUGCCACUGCUCCAGGCCGCGAGAGCCCCCGGGAGACAAGGGCCCAGGGUCCAGCAGGCCAGGAGGCUGACGGCCCCCGCAGAACGCUGCAAGUAGACAGCAGGACACAAAGAUCAGGGCGCUCUCCGUCUGUGUCACCAGACAGAGGCAGCACCCCCACAUCACCCUACUCUGUCCCCCAGAUCGCCCCCCUUCCCAGCAGCAUGCUGUGUCCCAUCUGUAAGACCUCGGACCUCACAUCGGCCCCCAGCCAGCCAAACUUCAACACCUGCACCCAGUGUCACAGCAAAGUGUGCAACCAGUGUGGGUUCAACCCCAACCCUCAUCUCACCCAGGUGAAGGAGUGGCUUUGUCUCAACUGCCAGAUGCAAAGGGCUCUGGGGAUGGACAUGACCACAGCUCCUCGCUCCAAGAGUCAGCAGCAGCUGCACUCCCCAGCAUUGUCUCCUGCCCACUCCCCAGCCAAACCGCCCCUGGGAAAGAUGGAGCCAGAGAGAGGACGGGGCCCCGGGGAGCCCCCACCUGGACCUCGCCAGGCCAAGAAGCCCAAGGCCACAUCAGGGCCGGGGCCUGCCCAGGCAGCUGCCCCUCCAGAGGGCGGCAGGGUUUCUCCUCAGCCCCCUCACCCCGUCAAGCCUUCCUCUGCUGAGCCCAGGCCCUCCACCGGAGAGGCCCUGGCCAAAAGUGCCACUGCGGCGCCCUCUGGACCCAGUGCUGCUGAGCAGACCCAGGAGGGCCUCACUGGGAAGCUCUUCGGCCUUGGCGCGUCGCUGCUGACCCAGGCAAGCACUCUCAUGUCUGCGCAGCCUGAGGCCGAGGCCCAGGGACAGCCUGCCCCCAGCAAGGGACCGCCCAAGAUCGUCUUCAGUGAUGCCAGCAAGGAGGCUGGCCCACGACCCCCGGGCUCAGGGCCCGGGCCAGGACCAGCGCUGGGAGCCAAAGCUGAGCCUGGUGCUCCAACGGGACCAGGAGCGGGGCAGGGAGCCCAAGCAAGAACUGGGGGCACGAUGAGUCCUAAGCAUGGCAAAGCAGAGCACCAGGCAGUGUCCAAGGCGUCUGCCAAGCCAAAGACAGUGCCGAAGGAAAGGGCCACCUGCCCACUGUGCCAAGCCGAGCUCAAUGUGGGUGGCAAGGGCCCCGCCAACUACAACACCUGCACCACCUGCAAGCUCCAGGUGUGCAACCUGUGCGGCUUCAACCCGACUCCCCACCUGGUAGAGAAAAGCGAGUGGCUUUGUCUGAACUGCCAAACUAAGCGGCUGCUGGAGGGCAGCCUGGGCGAGCCGAGCCCCCUGCCUCUACCCACUUCCCCGAAGCUCCCCACCGGGGCCCCUCAUCGUGCUGCUGGCACCGCCCCUCCAAAACAGAAAGGGCCACCGGGGCCAGGCCAGUCAUCAGGCCCCGCAUCUGCCAAGGCCAGUCCCCCACCCACCAAGGCCAGCCCUCAGGCCAAGUCCCUUCGGGCUUCAGAAGCCAGCAAGCCCCCGAGUGCUGCUCAGGAGAAAAAGACUGUGAAAACUGAGCCCGUGCCCAAGCCACCUCCAGAGACCACCCUGCCCCCGGGGACUCCUAAAGCAAAGACAGGGCCACGGAGGACUGAGCCUGCCCCCACCUCUGUCAAGGCCACUCCAGAAGUUUCCAAGAUGGGGGAGCCAGAGGAGCCGGCGGGCAAGCCUUACUCUCAGGAUCUGUCCCGGAGCCCGCAGAGCCUCAGCGACACGGGGUAUUCGUCCGACGGCGUCUCCAGCUCCCAGAGCGAGAUCACCGGGGUUGUGCAGCAGGAGGUGGAACAGCUGGACAGCGCAGGCGUCACGGGGCCACGCCCGCCCAGCCCCUCGGAACUCCACAAAGUGGGGAGCACCAUGCGGCCUUCCCUGGAGGCCAAGGGCCCAGCCUCUGGUGGUGAGCGGAGCAAGGCCCCGAGCAGCAGCGGCAGUGGAGAGGAGCAGAAGCGGAGGCCCCACUCCUUGUCCAUAAUGCCCGAGGCCUACGACUCCGACGAAGAACUGGAGGACAUCCUGGAGGAAGAGGAAGACUCUCUGGAGUGGGGGCGCCAGCGUGAGCAGCGGGACACGGGGGAAUCCUCGGAUGACUUUGGCAGCCAGCUAAGGCAUGACUACGUCGAGGACAGCAGCGAGGGCGGCCUGUCCCCUAUCCCCCCGCAGCCGCCGGCUCAGGGCACAGAGCUGACCGACGAGGAGUUCAUGCGCCGGCAGAUUCUAGAGAUGAGCGCAGAGGAAGACAAUCUGGAGGAAGAGGUUCCCGCCUCUGGGCAUGGUCUGGCCAAGCACAGUGCCCAGAAAGGGGGUCCCAGACCCCGGUCCGAGCCCAGUCAAGAGUCAGCAGCACUGCCCAAGCGGCGCCUGCCCCACAAUGCCACCACCGGCUAUGAGGAGCUCAUGGGGGAGGGAGGCCCCGUGGAGGCCCCUGACAGCAGUGGAGCCCUGCAAGGUGGUCUCCGUCGCUUCAAGACCAUCGAACUCAACAGCUCUGGCAGCUACGGGCAUGAGCUGGACCUGGGCCAGGGCCCCGACCCUGGCCUAGAGCGAGAACCCGAGCUGGAGAUGGAGAGCCUCACGGGCUCGCCCGAGGACCGCUCGCGUGGGGAGCACUCUUCCACCCUGCCGGCCUCCACACCCAGCUACACAUCUGGCACCUCUCCCACCUCUCUCUCCUCCCUGGAGGAGGACAGCGACAGCAGCCCCAGCCGCCGGCAGCGCCUGGAGGAGGCCAAGCAGCAGCGCAAGGCCAGGCACCGCUCCCAUGGGCCCCUGCUGCCCACCAUCGAGGACUCCUCGGAGGAGGAGGAGCUGCGGGAGGAAGAGGAGCUGCUCCGGGAGCAGGAGAAGAUGCGCGAGGUGGAGCAGCAGCGCAUCCGCAGCACGGCCCGCAAGACACGUCGUGACAAGGAGGAGCUACGGGCCCAGCGGCGCCGUGAACGCUCCAAGACGCCUCCCAGCAACCUGUCCCCCAUCGAGGAUGCCUCCCCCACGGAGGAGCUGCGGCAGGCGGCCGAGAUGGAGGAGCUGCAUCGCUCAUCAUGCUCCGAAUAUUCCCCGUCCCCCUCGCUGGACUCUGAGGCCGAGGCCCUGGAGGGCGGCCCUGGCCGGCUCUACAAGUCGGGCAGUGAGUACAACCUGCCCACUUUCAUGUCCCUCUACUCGCCCACCGAGACUCCCCUGGGCAGCACAGCCACCCCGAGCACUGGCCGGCCCCUCAAGAGCGCCGAGGAGGCCUACGAGGAGAUGAUGCGUAAGGCCGAGCUACUCCAGCGGCAGCAGGGCCAGGCCACAGGAGGCCGGGGCCCACAUGCUGGUGUUUCUCAGUCUCUUGGCCUUCGGGGCCAGGGACACUUCGAACCUCAGGACACCCCCGAGCAGGACUCUAGCAGGACUGCCCAGUCAGCCCCAGAGGGUGCCCCCCUGGGCCUGGGGGCCACCGUGUAUGAGGAGAUCCUCCAGACUUCCCAGAGCAUCGCCCGCAUGCGCCAGGCCUCUUCCCGGGACCUGGCCUUUGCGGAGGACAAGAAGAAGGAGAGGCAGUUUCUGAAUGCUGAAAGUGCAUGCUUGGAUCCCAUGAAGCAGAACGGCGGCCCACUCACUCCGGGGACCAGUCCCACCCAGCUUGCUGCGCCCGUGUCCUUCACCUCUGCCUCGACGGACAGCGGCGGGGGCAGGGUCAUUCCCGAUGUUCGUGUCACUCAGCACUUUGCAAAGGAGCCUCAAGACACUGUCAGGCUACACAUCUCUCCCGCCUCACCCAGCCCGACCUCUAAGGAGGUGGGCAUAUCCUUUACCCAGGGCCCUGGGGUCCCUGCCACCACAGCGGGUCUGCCACGAGGAUAUUCGGCCCCAACCUCCCUGGCCAGUUCGCCUUCUUCCACGGGCCUCAGCUAUGGACAGGGCCCAUCCAUGGUGAGCUAUGGGUCCCAAACCGAGGAGCCGCCUCCCACUCCCAGCGGACGGGCUGCCCGAGAGAAGCCUCUGGGUGCGAGCGACCAGCCCUCCCGAGGAUACUCGUACUAUGCGGGCUCCAGCCCACCCCUCUCCCCCACCUCCCCCUCGGAGAGCCCCACGUUCUCCCCUGGCAAGCUGGGCUCACGGCCCACAGCAGAGUUCUCUACACAGACGCCAAGUCCAAGCCCCGCCUCAGACCUGCCACGGAGUCCUGGUGCCUCCACGCCGAUGCACAUGGUGGCGCAGGGCACGCAGACCUCACACAGACCCAGCACAUCACGCCUGGCGUGGCAGCAGUCCUCCCAGGAGGCCCCCCUCAUGGUCAUCACGUUGGCAUCAGAUGCCUCCAGCCAGACCAGGAUGGUACAUGCCAGUGCCUCCACCUCCCCCGUGUGCUCCCCCUCGGACAGCCAGCCCACAUCCCACAGUUACAGCCAGACCACACCACCGAGUGCUUCUCCGCAGCCCUCUGAGCCACCGGGGCCCCCCGGCUUCCCACGGGCACCCAGCGCUGGUGCAGACGGGCCACUGGCGGUCUAUGGCUGGGGCGCCCUCCCUGCGGAGAACAUCUCCCUGUGCCGCAUCUCUUCAGUCCCAGGAACGUCUAGGGUGGAGCCGGGCCCCCGGCCCCCGGGCAGCGCUGUGGUAGAUUUGCGCACUGCGGUGAAGCCCACGCCCAUCAUUCUGACUGACCAGGGCAUGGACCUCACCUCUCUGGCUGUGGAAGCCAGAAAGUACGGCCUGGCCCUGGAUCCCAUCGCAGGCCGGCAGGCCACUGCGGUACAGCCCUUGGUCAUCAACCUCAAUGCCCAAGAGCAGACUCAGGCCUUCCUCAGUACCGCCACCACCGUGAGCGUCACCCUGGCCUCCUCUGUGCUCAUGGCUCAGCAGAAGCAGCCCGUAGUCUAUGGAGACCCCUUCCAGAACCGACUUGACUUUGGUCAGGGUACAGGCAGCCCCGUGUGCCUGGCCCAGGUUAAGCAGGUGGAGCAGGCUGUGCAAACUGCCCCAUACCGAGGGGGACCACGGGGUAGACCCAGGGAGGCCAAGUUUGCCAGGUACAACCUGCCGAACCAGGUUGCGCCUCUGGCCAGAAGGGAUGUCUUGAUCACGCAGAUGGGCACUGCCCAGACUGUCGGCCUCAAGCCAGGCCCAGUGCCAGAGCCUGGUGCUGAGCCCGCUCGGUCUGGUCCCACCCUGCCAGGGGCCAGGAAGCCACACACAGUGGUAGUGCAGAUGGGAGAGGGGGCUGCUGGCACAGUGACCACACUGCUUCCCGAGGAGCCCCCGGGCGCCCUGGACCUCACAGGGAUGAGGCCCGAGAGUCAGCUGGCCUGCUGCGACAUGGUCUACAAGUUUCCUUUUGGCAGUAGCUGUACUGGAACCUUCCACCCCACCCCCAGCGCACCUGAGAAGAACGUGGCAGAGGUGGUCCCACCUGGUCAGACCAGCGGCCCCUUCUACAGUCCUCGAGACUCUGAGCCCCUUGAGCCUCCCACCUACCGGGCCCCAGGGGCCAUGGGCCCCGGGCCUCACGAAGAGCAGAGGCCCUACCCCCACGGCCUCCAUGGCAGGCUCUACUCCUCCAUGUCUGACACCAACUUGGCUGAGGCCGGUCUAAACUUCCAUGCCCAAAGAUUAGGCCAACUCUUCCAGGGCCCUGGGCGAGACUCGGCAAUGGACCUUAGCUCCUUGAAGCAUUCCUACAGCCUCGGCUUUGCGGAUGGCCGCUACCUCGGCCAGGGCCUGCAGUAUGGCUCAUUCACAGACCUGCGUCACCCCAGCGACCUCCUGGCUCCUCCCCUCCCCAUGCGGCGCUAUAGCUCAGUGUCAAACAUCUACUCGGACCACAGGUACGGCCCACGAGGAGAUGCAGCCGGCUUCCAGGAGGCCAGUCUGGCCCAGUACAGUGCCACCACAGCCCGGGAGAUCAGCCGCAUGUGUGCCGCCCUCAACUCCAUGGACCAGUACGGAGGGCGCCACGGGGCCGGCAGUGGAGGCCCUGAUCUCCUACAGUUCCAGCCCCAACCUGGACCUGGGCCUAGUGUCCCCCAGGGUUUGACUCCCCUUCGACCCGGUCUCCUUGGGAACCCCACCUUCCCAGAGAGCCACCCGGGACCUGGGAGUUUGGCUCAGUACCGGCCGACCGCAGGCCAAGGAGCAGCAGUCCGGCAGCUAGUGCCAUCCACGGCCACGGUACGGGCGGCGGACGGCAUGAUCUACUCCACCAUCAACACCCCGAUCGCCGCCACGCUGCCCAUCACCACCCAGCCCACCUCUGUGCUGCGGCCCAUGGUGCGUGGUGCCAUGUACAGGCCCUUCACAUCUGGGGCAGUCACAGCUGUGCCACUCACCAGCCUGACACGCAUGCCCGUGAUUGCCCCCCGGGUGCCGCUUGGGCCACCGGGAGUAUACCGGUAUCCAGGACCGAGCAGGUUCCCAACAGCUCCGGGUGUGCCUCCGUCGGAGGGACCCGUUUACUUGGGGAAGCCAGCUGCCCCCAAAGGACCUGGAGCCGGAGCUCCACCCCGGCCAGACCUGCCAGUGGGGGCUGCACGGGAGGAGCCGCUUUCCACAGCCCCUGCUGCUGCUGGCAAAGAGGCAGCGGUCACAGGCCCGGCCCCUGGCCCACUGGCUGGCCAGAAGCCACACGCAGAAGCAGCCCCUGUGGGUGUCAGCGCAGCCCUCGGCCGGCCGGGCCAGGAGAAGGAGGAGCCCUCGCAGGAAGAGCGGCAACGCAAGCAGCAGGAGCAGCUGCUGCAGCUGGAGCGUGAGCGGGUGGAGUUGGAGAAGCUGCGGCAGCUGCGGCUGCAGGAAGAGCUGGAGAGGGAGCGAGUGGAGCUGCAGAGGCAUCGCGAGGAGGAGCAGCUGCUGGUGCAGCGGGAGCUGCAGGAGCUGCAGACCAUCAAGCACCAUGUGCUGCAGCAGCAGCAGGAAGAGCGCCAGGCUCAGUUUGCCCUGCAGCGGGAGCAGCUGGCACAGCAGCGCCUGCAGCUGGAGCAGAUCCAGCAGUUGCAGCAGCAGCUGCAGCAGCAGCUGGAGGAGCAGAAGCAGCGACAAAAGGCCCCCUUCCCGGUGGCCGGCGAGGCGCCAGGCCGAGGGCCUCCCCCAGCUGCCGGCGAGUUGGCUCAGAAUGGCCAGUACUGGCCCCCUCUGACCCAUGCCACCUUCAUUGCUGUGGCUGGGCCUGAGGGGCCCGUGCAAGCCCGGGAACCCCCACUGCACCGGGGCCUCCCCAGCUCGGCCUCGGAUAUGUCGCUUCAGACAGAGGAGCACUGGGAGGCAGGCCGCAGCACCAUCAAGAAGCGGCACUCCAUGCCUCGCCUCCGGGACGUGUGCGAGCCGGAAUCGGCCCCUGAGCCCUGUGUGGUCAAGCGGAUCGCGGACAGCAGCGUCCAGACGGAUGACGAGGACGGGGAGGGUCGCUACCUGCUGACCCGGCGGCGCCGGACCAGGCGGAGUGCCGACUGCAGCGUGCAGACGGAUGAUGAGGACAACGCCGAGUGGGAGCAGCCGGUGCGUCGCCGCCGCUCCCGGCUCUCCCGCCACUCGGAUUCGGGUUCCGACAGCAAACACGACACUGCCGGCUCCUCGGCCUCCACUGCUGCCGCCAGGGCUAUGAGCAGUGUGGGCAUCCAGACCAUCAGCGACUGCUCCGUGCAGACGGAGCCUGACCAGCUGCCACGGGUGUCUCCGGCCAUCCACAUCACGGCGGCCACAGACCCCAAGGUGGAGAUCAUUCGGUACAUAUCGGCCCCGGAGAAGACAGGGCGCGGGGAGAGUCUGGCCUGCCAGACGGAGCCCGACAGCCAGGCCCAGGGCGUGGCUGGGCCGCAGCUCAUUGGGCCAAGCGCCAUCAGCCCCUACCUGCCCGGCAUCCAGAUUGUCACUCCAGGCACCCUGGGCAGAUUUGAGAGGAAGAAGCCGGAUCCCCUGGAGAUCGGAUAUCAAGCCCACCUGCCCGCGGAGACCCUGUCCCAGCUUGUGAGCCGCCAGGCCCCCAAGUCCCCGCAGGUCCUCUACUCACCGGUCUCACCCCUGUCCCCACAUCGGCUCCUGGACGCCUCCUUUGCUUCCAGUGAUAGACUGAACAAGGCUCACGUAAGUCCCCAGAAGCACUUCACAGCCGACAGUGCUCUCCGCCAGCAGACGCUGCCUCGCCCCAUGAAGACCCUGCAGCGGUCUUUGUCCGACCCUAAGCCCCUCAGCCCCACCGCCGAGGAGUCUGCCAAAGAAAGGUUCUCCCUCCUCCAGCUCCAGGGGGGCCUGGGUAGCCAGUGCUGCCACCCUUCCCCUCUGUCUCAGGUGUCGGCGCUGCCACCCAACGGCCUGGCCCGCAAGGUGAAGCGGACACUUCCCAGUCCCCCUCCAGAGGAGGCUCACCUGCCUCUGGCAGGCCAGGCCUCCCAGCAGUUGUACGCGGCCAGCCUGCUGCAGCGUGGGCUGGCAGGGCCCACUGCUGUCCCUGCCACCAAGGCCAGCCUGCUCCGAGAACUGGACCGGGACCUGCGGCUGGUGGAACACGAGUCCACCAAGCUGCGCAAGAAGCAGGCAGAGCUGGAUGAGGAGGAGAAGGAGAUCGAUGCCAAGCUCAAGUACCUGGAGCUAGGGAUCACACAGCGCAAAGAGUCUCUGGCCAAAGACCGCCCCGGCCGCGACUACCCGCCCUUGCGGGGCCUCGGCGAGCACCGUGACCACCUAUCAGACAGUGAGCUCAACCAGCUGCGGCUCCAGGGCUGUGCCACGCCUGCCGGCCAGUACGCAGACUUCUCAGCCGCUGCCGCUGCUCCCGCCACUCCCUCUGUUCCCACCGCCUUCCAGCAGCCCCGGUUCCCACCUCCAGCCACAGGAGGGUCCCACUUCCAGCCACAGCCCUAUGCUGCAGGCAGUGGUGGACCGAGUCAGAACGGAUUCCCAGCCCACCAGACUCCCGCAUACCCUGGCUCUAGUACGUAUCCAGCAGCCCCUGUCUUUCCUCCUGGCACCAGCUACCCAGCUGAGCCCACCCCGCCAAGCCAACAAGCUUUCCGUCCCACCGGCCAUUACACAGCCCAAACACCCAUGCCGGCCACACAGAGCGCUCUUUACCCUGCCCCGGCCGACAGCCGUGCCCCGCACCAAAAGCCACGGCAGACAACCCUAGCCGACUUGGAACAGAAAGUGCCGACCAACUAUGAGGUGAUCGCCAGCCCCGCUGCGGCCAUGUCCUCAGCCCAGCCUGAGACCAGCUACAGUGGCCCAGCGGGGAGCUACGAGCAGAGCAAGGCCUCUGAGCUGGCCCGGACCAGCGACCACAGCAGCGGGGGCCUGGGCCAAGCCCCCACCUACCCCUCUGACUCCCACUACACCAACCUGGAACAGAACGUCCCUCGGAACUACGUGAUGAUUGACGACAUCAGCGAGCUGACCAAGGACAGCACCUCCACUGCCCCCGAGAGCCAGCGUCUAGAGCCCCAAGGACCAAGCAGCAGUGGGCGCCCGGUGAAGGAGCCCGGGGAGCCAGGUGGUCUGGAGGGGCCGGUGAUGCCCUGCUGCUACAGAGCAGAGGAGGAAUCCGAGGAGGACUCAUAUGACCCCCGGGGGAAGAGCGGCCACCACCGGGGCAUGGACAGCAAUGGCCGACCCACCGGCACCCACUACUACAGUGACAGUGACCAUAGGUACGGGGUGCGAGCAGAGAAAUACGGUCCAGGACCCGUGGGGCCAAAGCAUCCCUCCAAGAGCCUCGCUCCAGCCGCCAUCCCCUCAAAGCGCAGCAAGCACCGGAAGCAGGGCAUGGAGCAAAAGAUCUCCAAGUUCUCCCCAAUCGAAGAGGCCAAGGACGUGGAGUCAGACCUGGCCUCCUAUCCCUCCCCUUCAGCCAGCAGCAGCCUGGCCUCUCGCGGAAGAAAGUUCCAGGAUGAAAUCACCUACGGACUCAAGAAGAACGUGUACGAGCAGCAGCGGUACUACGGAGUAUCCAGCCGGGACCCAGUGGAGGAGGACGACCGCAUGUACAGCGGGAGCAGUCGCUCCCGGGUCACUUCUGCCUAUAGUGGGGAGAAGCUGUCCAGUCACGACCUCAGUGGCCGGGCCAAGGGAUAUGAGCGGGAGCGGGAGCGGGAGGUCAUGGACCGACACCAGAAGGGGGGUUCCAAGCCCUCGUCCUUGGGUAUGGCCCAUGGCCGGGCCCGGCCCCCCAUGCGAAGCCAGGCUUCCGAAGAGGAGAGCCCUGUCAGCCCGCUGGGGCGGCCCCGCCCUGCCGGGGGCACCCUCCCUCCUGGGGAUACCUGCCCCCAGUUUUGCUCCAGCCACUCCAUGCCUGACGUCCAGGAGCACGUCAAGGACGGGCCGCGGGCCCACACAUAUAAGCGUGAAGAAGGCUACAUCCUGGAUGAUUCCCACUGCGUAGUUUCCGACAGUGAAGCAUAUCACCUGGGCCAGGAGGAGACAGACUGGUUUGAUAAGCCCCGGGAUGCCCGCUCUGACCGAUUCAGGCACCACGGGGGCCACGCAGUCUCCUCCUCCCAGAAGCGAGGCCCUGCCAGGCACAGCUAUCAUGACUACGAUGAACCCCCCGAGGAGGGCAUGUGGCAGCAUGAGGAGGGUGGUCCAAGCCGCCACACCUCAGCCAAGGAACACCGGCACCAUGGUGAUCACGGGCGGCACUCGGGUCGCCACGCUGGUGAGGAGCCAGGUCGGCGUGCUGCUAAACCCCACCCUCGAGACCUGGGUCGCCACGAGGCCCGGCCUCACCCUCAGCCCAGCCCUGGCCCAGCCAUGCAGAAAAAGAGCCAGCCUGGGUACCCCAGCUCUGCUGACUACUCCCAGUCGUCCCGCACUCCCUCCGCGUACCACCAUCCCUCCGAAAGCAAGAAGGGCUCCCGGCAGGCCCACUCUGGACCCGCCGCACCACAGCCAAAGCCAGAAGCACAGCAGCAGCUGCAAGGCCGGCAGACAGGGCCGGGGCCGCAGCAGGCCCAAGCUCCGCUCUCCCGGCAGACACCCUCGGCUGCAGCCUCACGCCAGGCCCCACCGCAGCAGCAGCCACAGCAGCAGCAGCAGCAGCCGCCACAAGGUCCCCAGCAGGUCCGGCUGCAGCAGCAAGGCCAGGUGGGCGCCCGGGGCCCAGCCUCUGCCGCCAGCCAGCCAGCAGGAAAGCCUCAGCCAGGUCCAGCUGCGGCCACAGGGCCCUUACCGGCAGGAGCACCACGGGUAGAACAGGCCGAUGGCUCUAAAGGGCCAGCCAAAGCACCCCAGCAAGGGAGACCCGCGCAGGCGCAGCCACCAUCAGGACCUGCUGCAGGCGCGAAGGCUGGAGCCAAGCCUGGAGGUCCCCCUGGAGCUCCUGCUGGCCAACCCGGUGCCGAAGGAGAGAGUGUGUUCUCCAAGAUCCUCCCAGGGGGCGCAGCUGAGCAGGCUGGCAAGCUGACGGAAGCCGUCUCUGCUUUUGGCAAAAAAUUUUCUUCAUUCUGGUGACCAUGCCCUGUUGGGCUCUUGAAGACAUGAAGGGAGAUGUUAUCAUUGCUGUGGAAAAAUCUCUGGAGUCAGAGGCCUGGGCGCAGCUCUGGACUCUGCGUAUAACACAUCUACAAUCUGGCAAACCGUUUGGCCCAAAGAUGUGCCCCAAUGGGAUGUGGCAGGCUGGCUUUGGGUCAGGAUGGGCUGUUUCCUCACAGCAGCUGCCUGAGUGAACCCCUUGCUGGACGAGAGACAACACUGGUACAACCCCCGUGGGCCUUGGUGAUGCCAGGUUCCUUGUGCUGCUCUGGGCUUUGCUGUCGCCGGGAGGAGGCCUCUGAUGUGUCUAGCUGCUCUUCUCGCAGUGGCCACCCACCCAGCAAGCCAGCCGGGCUUCCAAUGAGUUAUACACAGAGUUUGGGAGCACGCUGCCUGUUUCUGAUGGAUGCUGCCCUCCCUUCACGAUGCCAGAAGUUUUUCCACAGCCUUGGAGAGGGGCUUUGACUGAGGGCUGGGGACCCCAGGCUCAGUAUCCUUCACAUUCCAGCUGGCCCAGAUCCCUCGGUGGCCACAAGGCCCUGCCCCAAUCAUUGAACUCCUCUGGGUGGCCUCGGAGCAGACCUCCACGUGGCUAGUGUGGGGUUGGGAAAACUUUACAAACAUUAGGACCUACCACUGUCUCAUCGCUGAAAUCAGAGGCCAUAGGACUGAAAACAGCAUGGGCACUGGCUGAGACUUCUUCCAGCCCGUGGGUGGCAGCGUCCUAGCUCACCUGCCACCAUCUCAAAGCCAUCCCCCCAGCCAUCGUGAGCAUCCCAGCGGCACCACCAUUAUCUCCACCAGCCGGCUCCUCAAUCGUAUACCUGGGGAUUUCUUUUGAUUUCAAGAACAGCCUUAAUCAUUUCAGUUUUGAUUUACAUGUAUACCUCAUAAACAUUUUUUCUUUCAUUUCUCCUCCUCCCUUUCUCUCUCUUCGCUCCCUCCCUGCCUCUCCCCACCACCACCACCAUCACCACCAUCACCACCACCACCACCUUGUGACAGAUGGUUUGGUUUCCUCUCUGCUCUGCCCCUGCUCUGCACAGGGAGAAUGUUGACUUAGAAGCAAUAGUGGGCAGCAGGCCACCAAGAGCACAACUCCAGGGCGAGGUCUAGGGAGACCCCUCAGCCCGCCUCUGUUUACUGUGCAAUUCCAGUCCUUCUUAAGCCAUCACCAAUGAGCAUGCUCAGAGCAGAGGGGCCAGGGCUUCUGCCAGCCAAGGGAAGGGCCCAGAGCCCUGUGUCAGGGAGCAUGGCACCGUCCAUCUACUUGGUGGACUGGGCAGCCUGCCUCCCUCAGGCCCUUCCCUCGGGGGCCUCCCUUCAUCUUGGGCACAGCCACAAGUCUCAUCUCUAAUGUUCUAUGCAAUGAAAUAUAAACCCUCAAAGACAACUGUUAAUAUUUAAUAAAUUCCAUGUUAUGUAUAAGGAGUUAAUUGCAAACCUUGCAAUUGAGAAACCAGAUAGAUAUGCGCAUAUCAAACCCCCAGCCCUGCUCCCUCCCACUGUGUGUGUGAAAUUCUCAGUCUGUGGCAUGUUUGACCUGUGGCAGGACUCGCUGCUGCCAGGCGAGCCACCGCCUGUCCCGCAGUGGAGCAUGCACAGCUCGCAGCCUCUUUGCACGACUUCAUCCAUUUUAAAUGCUCAACCCUCUCGCUUGGCGUUCUUUUUGCCUCAGGAUCUCUCCUCCGGGAGUGCUUCUAGCUGACUUCCGCACAAGCUAGUGAGGACCUGCUGGGCUUGGCACCUGACUGGAUGUGCUGGGCUGCAGGGCAGGCAGUGCAAGGCCCCACAUGCUCUGCGGCUUUCUCUGACCAACGUGGCGAAUGGAACGGUGUAGGCAUGCAGGUGGGAGCCCACACAGGAUGUGUGUGCAUGAAUGUUCUGAAAGUUGUGAUGAGAUCUCUUCUUACCCCCUUCGCAAUCGGGAACAGAUGGGCUGCGUUUGUGGCCAGAGAGACAAAGGCAGGGACAGGACUUGGCUCCGUCCAAGGCUCCAGGGCUACUGACUGCCCCUACUUUGUGUCUCUCUUUUGUGAUAUGGAUGCUCAAAGGCCUGUGGAUCAAAAGAUCUAGGCUGGGGUGAAUGUCACAUACUUGGGAAAAGCAGAACCUGUAGCAAUUGUAAUGAAGACAAUUGACCGUGACAUUUGGACUGAGUAAGUGUCCACAGAGGUUUUCAGGAGACAAGUAGGAAGCUUCUCCAUAGCAAAACAAACAAAAAAGGUACUGUUGUGACUCUCACCACGUCUGUACCCAGGGCCUAAACUCUGCUUAUCCCCAUCUCUGACUCCCACAUCCCCUAAUGCUCAUCACCUUCCCCAUGGGUAAGCCAGGAGUGCAAGCAGCAUCUCUGCCCAACCCCUUGAGGCCUGGCCUUCCUCCAGAGUGCUCUGGUUUGCUCCAUGCAUUUCUCAGGGGUCCACAUUUCUCAUGCUCUUCUCUAAGGUCUAUACUCCACUUCAGAGAAGGAUCCUGGCCCACUACUGGCAGCUAGGGGACAGGCUGUUCACUCAGUAUGGGGCCCGAGACUCUGGAUUUGGGCCUCAACCAUCCUCCUGAACACCCACCUCAUCCCACGGAUCCGGUCUGGACUGAAUGAGGCCACCCAAGCAAGGGCUGAGGGGGAACCACUCCACCUCUGGGCAGCCAGGGCCAGGUCUGUACAGGGAGGGCCUAGAAGCUGGAUACCAGGGGCAACAAGAUUCCCUCACACUGAAGGCCAGGAUAGGGCCAGGGGCAGUGAACAGGGAAGGCAACAGAGGUGGGCAGCCUCUACCAGACUCCAGCACAGCAACUUUUCAGAUUUCCUUUCUAGCCAAGUCCUGACUUUGAACUUUCUGACAUCUGCCACUCCCCACCCCCUAAAGACACAUCUCUUCCUCAUGAAAGUGGCUGGAGCAGCCAUAACUCUGGCUAGUGCAGCUAGAGGGUCGGGAGUGGCAUUCAGUGCCUUGGGCAGGAAGGAACAUCAAAACACGUCUCCAGUAAGCAAAGGUGUCUGGGACAUGUUCCAAGCCUUCUCCAUCUGCAGAGUCACCAUCUCCUCUGUCUUCUUUGGAACCCAACGCACACACUUUGCAGUGACACUGCCCCACUGUCUACUUAGUCCUAGAACAAAGAGCAGUCGUGGCCUCAGUGAUGGCCGGUCUUCUGCAGCCUGGGGGAAGCUUUUCCAGGCAAAUCCUUUGCCAUGGCAGUGUGGACCCCCUCCUUCCCUCUUGCCCUCACCUCAACUCUGUAAAUAGUAGUCAUCGUGACUCCGAUGAGGGACAGGCCUGAUCAACUGGAAUGCCUCAGUGUUGUCAUCUCUGUCUCCCUGGGUACCAGCAUCCCUGCCACCUUAUGCGGUGGGACAGCACUGGAGUGCCAUGGAAGUCUUCAGAGAUCUUGUGUGUGCAUGUGAGCAAGCGUGUGAGUGUCUGUGCGUGCGUAUCUGCCUCAUUCAGCCUCUGGGAUCAAAUCAGCUGCUUCUCUCCAACCAGAAGGUCUUGGAGAGUGGUGGCACCCAACGCCUUUCUUCCUGCUAGCUUCCAUGUCUUGUUUUUGCUUUCCCCUCAGCCUUUCCUUCCCCCCCUUCAUCUCUCUCCCUUUCUCUUCUCUCCUUUAUUUUGGGGGGGGAGAGUGCUGUACAAAGUCAAACAAACAAGUUUACAGUUGUAAGUGCAAUGACCCGAGUCCUCCACAUGACCUUGUGAAUUGUGUGCCGUCCUCUUGUGCUCUGUGAGAACUCGUGGUACUUCAGUGUCCCUCCCUCUGUAUUGUGACAAGGUAAUUCUGUGGUAUCAGAAUAAAAGGACUUGAUAUAAAC